CUAUUAUGGUUAAAUACAUAUUUUCGAUAUUUUGUUACAUUUAUCGUAAAUUCCAAACAGUUUUCCCUAAUUCUCAAUAGUCGCGAUUCUGAAAAAUGGUAUUGGAGUACAAAAAUGAUGUCAACUGAAAACUGCUUGGUUAAAGCAAUCUAUUCCUUUAAAGGAAAAAACAAUGAUGAACUAUGUUUCAAAAAAGGUGACAUUAUCACAGUUACACAAAGAGAGGAAGGUGGCUGGUGGGAAGGCACACUUGGCGAAACAACAGGAUGGUUCCCCAGUAAUUAUGUUACCGAACAUAAAGACCCAUCAGGUUCACUAACAACAUCUCCUAUUAGAGCAGCAUCAGAAAUUCAAGCAUUUAGAAAUGUUGUCCUAAAAGAUAUCAUUGAUUCUGAAAAGGCACAUGUUGCUGAGAUGCAAGGCCUUGUCACUAAUUUUUUACAACCAUUAGAGAAUAGUGAAAUGCUAACAAAAGAUGAGUUCAAACAGCUGACAGGGAACAUAAAUGAAGUAUUGCAAACUCAUGAACAAUUUUUAGUUCUGCUUGAAGAGUGUGCAACAAAAACAGGACCAGACCAAAGGGUGGGUGGACUGUUUCUGCAAUGGGCUCCAAAGAUCAAAGCUGUUCACCAGACAUAUUGUGCGGGCCAUCCUAAAGCUGUGUGCAUCCUUGACAAAUAUAAGGAAGGUCUAAACACAUGGAUGGAGAAUGCUGGUGCGGUAUGUCCUGGAGUGUUGGUCUUAACAGCUGGCUUAUCUAAACCUUUCCGCCGCCUCGGAAAGUAUCCGGCCAUGCUACAAGAGCUAGCAAGGCAUGUUCAUGAAGCCCACCCAGAUAGAGGGGAUACACAUAGAGCAUCUGUAGUCUACAAAGAUAUUGCAAGUGGAUGUGCCGCUUUACGACGUCAAAAGGAGUUAGAGCUUCAAGUAGUGACCGGUGAGGUUCGUGGUUGGCCGGGUGGUGAGCUGACCGCACUGGGAGAUGUACUGCAUAUGGGAAGUGUUGCAGUAGGUCCGUCACAUCAGGACAGAUACCUUGUCCUCUUCCCAUCGGCUUUACUACUACUUUCAGUUAGCAAAAGAGUUUCGGCAUUUGUAUAUGAGGGUUGUCUUCCAUUGACUGGUAUUACGGUCUGUAAACUCGACGAUACUGAUACAAGAAAAAAUGCAUUUGAGAUAAGUGGUCCUAUGAUAGAUACUAUAGUAGCGGUGUGUCAGACCCGAGCCGAAGCCGACAACUGGGUCAGUUUGCUGCAGAAACACUCUAACACAAGCAGCCCCUCCCACGAACCUGGACAGCCGCAGUCUUUGCCUCAACUCACCCGAUCUCCUUCAGAAGGGGCAUUAUCUUGCAUCAAUACUAGUCGCCGCAGUCUCUAUCAUGUGACAUUGCCGCCGCCUAGCUAUCCCUCCGCAUCGCCGUACUAUUCCCUAACGAAAUACUUUGCACGUUUAGUUAAAAAAAAAGUUAUAACUAGACAAAUGUUGAGGAAAUUAUUGCAUGAAAGACCGUGGGCUAAGGCAUUUGAAUUGACAGGAUUACCUGUUAGGAGGAGACAUAAAAAUCAUAUUAGAUUGAGAAUCGAAGAUGAUGGCACUAUUGGCACAGAAACUGACUGCUCCGAUAGUGACAGAAAUUCAGACGAUAGUGAUAGGGAGGAGAGUGACACCACCGAAACGCAAUCAACUUCCAGUUGCACUGAUGCUGAAUUCAAUGACUCCUCGAAAAUAAUGCGUCAAAACGCCUUAGAAUCAUCUAGUCCCAGAACUAUUUCAUCUUCAUGUGGUAGCUGUGGAAGUAAUUUUGGUUAUGUACGGUACUUUGAUACGUCCACAGAUAUGCACCUAGAUGUUACACAGACAUUUGUAAAGGGUGACUGUACUAAAAAUAUAUUUUUACCGUUACCAUCGACCGGUUUACAAAUUCCUCCGGGAUUUGAAAAUGUUCCACAUUCAGAUUUACAACAUUCCCAUAGUAACGAAAAUUCUAGUUUCGACGUUAGGUCGUACAUGGCUUGUGAAGAUUUAGUUAAUAUGGAUCAGAAUAGACAAAUCGAAACUAUGACAAACAACGAGUCCGAUUUCAUUCCGACGAGACGUAGUUUUCCAAAUCGAAGCGUUAAGAAUGAAAAUGUCCAAAAGUUAUGGAAAUCUGCAGAAGAAAGAUAUUCCCGUGACAAUAUUGAUGACGGAAAUGCAAUGGCAACUUUACUUCAGGAAUUAGAACCACCGUCGCCUAAAAAUGAUCGCGUGAGUCCAGUCGGUUCGAUCAUUAUAGAUCCGCCACCUAUGUUUCGCAAUAACGAAGAGGACUUGAAAGUUUUAAGUGUAAAUCUGAAUACAAAUGUGCCUUUCAGAAAACACUCUUUAAACUCUGACAAAAAAAUUCGCCGAUCUGUAUCUAGGUCGAUGGUUGAAACUGAGAAUGUUAAGAAAACCGAUCCCCACAUGCAAAGAAUGAGUUCUCAGUCGGAAACACGUAAAGUUGUUAAGAAAUGUGAGUGCUGCAACAGAUCAUUAUGCCCCAGUCCACGAUCAUCCGAUUCGGGUGUUGCGGGUAGUUGCAAUUUGGCCUCCCCUGAAUUGAACAUGCCUGAAUAUACAAGCGCAGGUGGCACCAGUAAUGACUCCGAUAGUCAAAGCAAGACUAACGUACCCCAAAGCUUCCAUGCAAAUCAUCGAAAGCUAACUUUGUCAGAAAUAGAGGCCGCCGCUUUUGAAGAUCAAUGUAGAUGUACGUCGCCUUUCGGCUCCACGGCGCGUACCUCGUGUGUCACUAGUGUUACAUCUGAGACUAGUUUAGAUGUCGUGGAUUCCUCCAAUACAUUUGUCACGUCUACUUUUGCUGGUAAUCCCCCAGUAUCGACAUCUCAAAUUAAACGUACAUCUAUAAGAAGGAACAUCGAAAGAUACGUACCGGAAAUAAAAAUAAAACCAGAUGUACCGCCGAGGAUAUAUCGCAAGCCGAGCACCCACAUUGAAAUGCCAAAGAAUGUCCGGCAGCCCGUUCCUUGCCAGUGGAGUACGUUGAAUAUUACCGAACGUACGAAGCCCAGUUUGCAUUAUCAUAUGCGUAUAUACAGGGAGAAACCUGGAGAAAAUAAACAGCAAACAUCUAUGAGACCAUCUCGGGAAAAUAUAUUGCGCAAAUGUGAUGUUUUUAAUAAAGAAAAUCAAUCGAAAGACGACAACACACGGAAGACUAGAUCACGCAGCGAGGACCUGCUGAAGUCUCAGAAAGUGUUGAGCGAGGCUCAGACCGGCUUCGUCGUGUACCGUUCAGAUUUAUACGCCCAUUGGUGGAUGAAAGCCAAAUUACCCAUUACCGUGGUCACCGACUCAGAUGGCCAUGAGCGACAGCAGUAACGAGUUGGCGUCGGCUCUCAGCAGUCACAAAAGAUCACAUUCAUUCAACAAUCACCAAAGCUACACACAACAUAGU